AUGAAAUUAAUCUUCAUUUUUGCUCUGUUAUUUGUACAUUCACUUGAUUUCUCUGCCUUUUGUUUUGAUAUUGUUAUAAUACCAGAUGAAGAUCUCCUAUAUUUAAACGAACGUUUACAAUUAAAAAUACAUAUGAACCGUGAAGAUGCACUAAAUUCAAUAAUUGGAUUAGAAAAUUACUAUACGGGACUAAAAAAUAAUUUACAUGGUUCACCAUCAGAAAUGGUUGAUGAAGCUUGGCAUGCACAUAUCUUAAAUACACCCAUGUACUUUCGUUUCUCUAAUGCAGCAUUUGGUUCAUAUCUGCAUCACCUACCAUUCUGGUCUGGUAAUAGGAAACUAGCAAAUCAGCUCCAUGAUGACAUACCAAUGCUUGAGAAAUUAAUAAAACUAGGAAUUGAAAAUAUAAAUGAAACUGUCUGGACGUAUCGAUCAAAAGACAUUAAGAUCCAUCCUGAAUUAGAAAACUAG